UUCUUAAAUAUUCCCCGGCCACUAAUUAAUCCUCUCUACUUCUUUCUUUCAUUCUCAUUUAAAGUUUUCAUAUUUGGGUAACCAUGGAUGGUUAUUGUGAUCUUGAAGUGGAUGUUAAUGGUGAACAAACUUUCUUCAUUCAUCAGAACAUCAUCUCGUCGUAUAGUGGAAAACUCAGAAAUUUAUUCUGUAAAUCCAAAAGCCUGACAAAGAAUCUCAAAGUUAUAUUACAUGAUUUCCCAGGAGGAUCUGAAAGUUUUGAGCUCAUUUUAAGAUUCUGCUACAACAAUGGCAAAAUCAUUAUAAACCCCUACACCGCACCUCGUUUGUUCUGUGCCGCACAUUAUAUGGAAAUGAACGGAGCAGUUAGUGGGUCUGUCAAUUUACUCGAGAGAAGUGUGAAAUCCCUUGAAGAUAUCGAGUUUUGGAGUUGGCCUGAACUUUUAUCAGGUUUAAAACAUUGUCAAAGUUUUUUCCAAAUCUCGAGUUCGUCAGGAAUCCUGAAAAAAUGCUUGGAUUCUGUAGUGGCUAGGCUUGUGUUCACAAGCGAAUCAGGACCAUCAUGUCCUUCUAAUUCAUCACCUGAGAGCUCUGUGGUUCGGUUAUCGACUGAUAGCAAAAGCACCGAGAGUCUUAGAAGUGGAAUCUUUCGGUCAACAUGGUGGUUUGAGGAUUUGACAACUGUUUUGACUCCUAAGCUGGUCAAAUUGUUGGUAAAGUUGAUGCUUCUUCACAAAUUCGAUCAUGGGCUGACGAGUAGGUUUCUGUUUUACUAUCAUAAAUCGAGAUUAAUCAUGGCCACUUCAGAAGAGAAACGGGAAAUCACUGAGACCAUCAUCGAUAGUCUUUCUUUGCUAGAUGAAAGUUCUAUAUCUUGCAAGAAUUUAUUUGGGGUUCUACGGGUGGCUUUGAAUUUAAAUGUUAAAAAGAUCUUUAAGAGCAGUUUAGAGCUUAUGAUCGGUUCUCAAUUGGGUCAAGCAACCAUAGACGACGUUCUUGUUCCAUCGCCACAUGGGUCAAUCUAUCUCUAUGAUGUUAAUCUUGUUUUACAGCUUGUAAAGUACUUUUUAAUGGGGCAAAAAGUUCCUGUUUCAGAGCUGAAGAAAGUUGCUCAACUGAUAGAUUCCUAUGUCGCGGAAGUGGCUCCUGAUUACCAUCUGAAGCCAUCUAAGUUCUUGGCUUUGGUAAAGGCACUCCCAGAGUCUGCUAGAGACUCUUAUGAUGAAAUCUACCAUGCCAUCGAUACAUAUCUUCGGGUCCACGCAAAUUUAACAGAAGAAGAAAAAAUUAGCAUAUUCAACAGUCUAAACUACAACAAACUUUCAUCGGAAAGCUGCAAUCAUCUUACUCAAAAUGACGAAUUCCCACCGAAAUAUGCUACAUUAGCUCUCAAAGCUCAACAACUCAAACUCGAGAACCUUUUGUGUGGCAUGGACCUCGAUAAACAGUUAAUCCUUCCAGCUCAUAAACCUAUAGAAGCUGAACCUAUAGAUAAAAGUCUCGAGCAAGCUAGACUGUAUGCCGAACAAGUUGUACCGAAUGGAAGAAAACAUGAUAUUGUGAAAGAAAAUGAGAAGAUGAAAGCACAUUUAGAAGGGAUGCAAUGCAGGGUGGUUGAAUUAGAAAAAGUUUGUAGGAAAAUGCAAACACAAAUGACCAAAAUCUUAAAGUCAAGACUGUCUAGACAAACAAGUACUAAAUCACUGCCAAGACUAUGUUCAUGAUUAAUUUUUUAUUAUUUUUCGAGUAUAUAGAUAGUAUUUUGGCUACUUUCUCUAAUGUAAUUUUGUAAAUAUAGAGGUGGAUCUUUCUUGUUCUCGUUAAGUAAUGGAAACACUAUCUUCCUAACGUUAAUUAUUAAA